AUGCCAGACCCAACACAAGUCAUCAAUCAGAAGACUUCAUCAUUUCCAACAAUCCUAUUUUCUUGUCUGAUCAUUCAACCCCUCCAAAUUUUUUCAAAAAAUAAGCAGAUCUUCAGUUCCAUUUUUGCCCUCUUAGCCCUCCCCAUUUCUCUCCUCCUCUUCUCUCGCUCCCUGUCUUCUCACCCAAUCCAAUCCCAAAUCCUCCACCUCGAAUCCAUCGCCGCCCUUUCCUCAACCCGUUUCGAAGCCCGCCACGUCUGGAAAGAGUCUCGCGAAACCGCCAUCGCGCUCCUCCACCUCAACAUCCUCUACUUCAUACCCUCUUUCACUCUCUCCCUCAUCGCCGCCGUCUCCUCCGUCGUCUCUACUGAAUCGGGGUAUCACAGAAACCCCACAAGUUUAAAGUCCGCUGUUAUCGCCGUUAAGUCCAUGUGGUUAAGGACGUUAGUUACUUUUAUUUUUGUUUACGUUAUUUUGUUCUGUUAUUCUAGUGUGCCACGUACAUUGUGGGUUUUAACAGGAGAAGGGAGUUUCGGGUCGGGUUUCGUUAUUUGGGUUGUCGGGUCUGUUUGUAAGAUUUAUUUGGAGGCGGUUUUGGGGAUGGGUUUGGUGGUUUCGAUUUUGGAGAGCAGGUUUGGGUGGGAUGCAAUUUGUUUCGGGUCGGAUUUGAUGGAGGGGAAGCGGGUUUGUGGGUGGGUGUUGUCGGGUUUGAUGGGUUUGAUUACGGGUUUGAUUGGUUGGAAAAUGGAGGAGUUGAAGAUGGACGGCGAGGAUAUGGUGAUGGAAACGAGAUGGACGGCAGUGAUGGUGUUGAAAGGGUGGGAUAGAUUCGGGCUGGUAGUGCUGUAUGGGGUAGUAAUGGUUUGGGGUUACGUUGUUACUACUGUGUUUUACUGUGAGUGUAGAAAACGACAUGCCGUUUGGGAAGCAGGGGAUGGAAGUGUUUGA